AUGCGUUUCUCCAUCCCCGCCCUCGUCACCCUUACCAUGAGCGCUGGCCUCGCAUCAGCCGUCAACCUCCCCUCCACAGCCUGCUGGAACCUCCCAUCCGUCAUCCAAGGCGUCGACGUCGAGCGUUUCUUCGGCCACGCCCAGCAGGAGAUCUGCAGCAAAGGCUGCAAAGUCAAGCUCUCCGAGUACGAGCCCAACCUGCGCAACCUGGCCAUUUCCAUGAUCGAAUCCGAAACCCCCAACAUGGGCACGCCGCACCUGAACAACGCCUACACCAGCGGGGUGGACAGCAUUAUCGACCUGGCCCGGACGCAAUGCGCGGCCGGAGAGGACGACCUGUGCGCCAUGAAUACCGCCGAGCUGCAGUCUCUGGCGAAGUGCGUCAAGGCCAACGCGUGGAGGGUUUUCCUGGACAACGCCUUGAGUCUGUGGCCCGUUCUGACGACGAAUUGCCAAACGCAGUAUGACUUCUUUUCGAACCCGGCCUUGUGGGAAGAGAAGGUCCCGACCUAUUUCCGGGGAUUUGCCGAAAACUGCGAGAAGAACUGA